AUGAUUAUUCAUGGUAGUCGUUCAAUGCAAAUUCUUACAGUUGGAUUAAUGCCAGUGUUUAUGAAAAUCAACUCAAUUAUUUUACCAAUUCAUCAUACUGAUCAUAACUAUCUUUAUAGAUUCAUUAAUGAAUUUUCUACAUUGAAAAAUAAUUUCUCAAUAAUAAAAUCGAAUGAUUUACAAAUUGCAUUUACUAAUGAAUAUAGACAACAACUAUUAUUUUGGGCUAUAUUACAACGUUUAAUUCAUUCUGGAAUGUCUAAUUAUCUAUUUGAUACUUCUGUAUACAUUCUUCAUGAUAUAUGGGAUUCCAUAGAUAAGAAUAAUAAAGAGGAUUCAUUUAAUUUGGAAACAUUUCAUAAUAUUCUAAUAAUUAUUGAUACAAUAAUAGAAAAUAGUUGUUCAUCUCUUCUUACUGUUCAUAAAUCUUUACAUGAUUUUUUAACAGUAUUAAAUAUGCGUCAAUUAUCAUAUAAUGGUCAAAUAAGUAUAAAUGGUUUAUUAAAAUGGCAUUAUUUUCAUCAAUUAUAUAAUAAUGAUCGAUGUAAUGCUAUAUAUCCUUAUUGUCAAACAAUAAAUACUAAAAUAACUGAUGGUAUUUAUAAAUAUAAUUUAUUAUCACAAUAUCAAUUGUGUAUUGUUUCAUUUUAUCGAUGGCAUUUAGAACAUUUAGCUAAUCUAUCAACUCAAUAUGCAGCUAAUCGUGAUUAUCAUCGCCAAAUUAUUCAGAAAGAUUUAUUCCCAUUGGGAGCAUUGUUUGUUCGACGAAAUAUUGAUUCACAGACAUCAGUAUUAAUGCGACGGUGUAUCCCAGAAGGUAUUCAACAAACCAAUACCUAUCCUAGCAAAUCUUUUAUUCCUCUGGAAACCUAUCAAAUUCCUCAACAACGAUUUCUCUGUAUGUUUGGUGAUGAUGAGUCUUCCACUGAAAAUUCUUUAAUCCAACUAUUACAGAUUUUAACCGAUGUUACAUUAAAAUUUUUAAAUAAUCUAUUAAAUUUAUCAUCUGUGAAUAAUAGCUCUACAAUGUCAAGAGAGUCAAUUUUAUUUCAGAAUUGUUUUGUUGUCUGUCGUCUACUUGGUCGUAUCUGCUGGCAUAUUUCAGGUGAUCGAAUUCGUCAAUGUUUCAUUCCCGAUGGAAAUAUUUACGAAUCUGCACUUUUUAAAUUCCUAACUAACUUUUGUCAACGUCUUGGUGAUCAAUCGUCUCUUUUGAAUGAUAUGAUUAUUGAAUGUUUAUGCCUUACUCUUAAUAGUGAAUGCAUUCCUGAUUGUCCACAGACCAUAAAAACAGAUAACUAUGGAAAUAUUGAAAGUAUUGAUCUUCAUAAAUCUCAAAAUAAAUCAUGGCCUUAUCCAAACAAUUCUGUGGUAAAUUAUCACCUACAACAAACUACAGAUUUAUUAUGGCACUUAUUACCUAGCCAAUUAUUGAACAGAGCACAGUCUAUUUUACUGAAACCAUUUGAUCAACAUCCCAUUGAUCAUAAUCAUGCACAAAGAAACAGACUUAAUACAUGCAUAGCAACAUCAUCAAACAACAAUGGUCAUUUUGUAUUAUGUGAAAUAUUUUCUGAAUGUAUCAAUCUCAUGUUGAAAGAUGCUAAAUCUAUUGGUCAACUGAAUAAUAAUAAGCUACAAUCGGUUCAUGAUAAUUUGUCUGGUCAACAUCCAUAUCUUACAAAUGUUUUGUACCUAUUCUGUGGAAUUGUUGGUGAACCAAAUUUCAAACCCUGGAAACUUACUUCAAAUGAUGAAACUUUUAAAAAAUGCCAAUGUUAUGUAAAGGCUAAUCUUCAGAUAAAUAUUCAGUUGGAAAGUUUACAAAAUGUCUUAAAAUUAUUGGAAAACUUUGUUCAAUCAAUGAAAAAGACACAAACAACUGAUCAACAUUACCUAUCUUCAAAAUCUGUUGAAUUUUUGCGUAAUUUUUAUACAUUGUCUAUUCAUUUUUUGGCAAUAUCAGCUGAAUCAUCAGAUUUACGACUGUACAUAUUAGAAUCUUCAAGUUUUUCAAUAUUUCUAAACACUAUACUUACAGAUUAUUCUUUAAGAAAUGGUAUAAAUCGUUCAUGUACAUUAGCUUUAGAAGUACUAUUCACAUGGUUUGCAUAUUCAUCAGUGAAACUAAUGAAUUCUGAUUGUCAUCCAUUUGAUAAAUUUUGUCUCGAUCAAUUAAUUGGUUUGUUUCCAAAGGCAAAUACUUCAACUCAAAUUAUUGAAGGUCCAUGUGAUUUACAAGCCGUUCUUUUAACAGCUAUAUGUUCACGCAUUAAAUCAUUCAAUCAAGCAAACACUGUUGACAAUAAUAAUAAUGAUUCUGAUUCACUCCAACAUGAAAUUCAAACAACCAUCACCACAUGUUCCAUGCAUACAAUAUCAAAUUUACCAAUGGAUUAUCUUCUUCAACUUGUACAAAUUUUAUUAAAUUAUCUGUGUGGUCAGCUUGUUGAGUUGAAUCAACAAUCAUCAAUGAAUAAUAAUAAUAAUAAUAGUAAUAAUAAUAAUAAUAGGGCUUAUUUGUUAUGUUUUUCAUGUUAUACUACUGUUGUCGAUGAAGAAUAUGAAUCAUGUCAUAAAAAUUUCACCUUAUGGUCCACACUAACUAGUAAUCAUAUACGACGAAGAUUAAUUAGUGAUCCUUCUAAAAAUAUUGUACAAAAUCCGAAUGAUCAAUCUUCAACUCCUACUAAUACUACUACACCAUUGUCAAAUUGUUCCUCAUCAUUUAUUCGACAAUUAACCUGUUGUUAUUUAUAUGGUUUAUGCUCUACAAGUGGAAUGUAUUCACAAAUUCUAUCUAAUAAAACAUACAAUGAUAAAUGUUUAGCAUUGAUUCUUGGAAAUCUUUGUAGAAUUGUAACAGAAACUUUCAAUAGUAUACAUGAUAAACAUGAGAUAAAAGUAUUUUUUAUCAAAAAUAUUAAAUUAUUUUUAUCUUCAUUAAAUUUUGCUCAUAUCAGUUCACCUAUGAGUACAAUGAUUACAUUAUCUUGUAUGAUUAAUGGUUGGAAAACAUUGAAACAUUUUACUCAGUUAAUUAUUAAUCAUUUUAAACCAGUUAGUAUAUGUGAUUGGUUAUUUUAUUGUGUAAUUAUUGUUAUGCAAUCUUUGGAUUCUAUGGAUUCUUCGUCGUCGUCAUCAUCAAUGAUAAUGCCAAACUCUGUAGUUACAUUCAAAACAUACUUGUUACAAUCGCUUAUAUCUCCAAUUCCUUUAAAUUCAUGCCCAUUAUUUCUAUUAUUAGCUUUAUGUAUUGAAUCUUAUUUAAAAUUACACAAUAAUGAUGAUAAUGAUCAUGCAAAUAUUAUUUUCAAUACUUUUAUAAAUGAUACUAAUAAUCGAAAAUCUAUUAGAUCAUCUACAUCUUCCAUUAUUUCUACAUUAUCUUCUUUUGAUAAUACAAAAUUAUAUACAAUCAAUGCAAUUGAAUUAGGUCAAGCUUUAUUACAACAAUCAUUUCAUUAUAAUAUUCCAUAUUAUCAACAAUCAUCUGUAUAUAAUUUUCAAUAUUUAACUAAUUCAUUACCUAUUGGUUUAUUUGGUCCAAUUCAUUUAUUCAAACAAUCUUCAUUAGAAUUUCAUCAAAAUAUUGCCAAUUUCAAUUAUCCUUAUCAACAACGUUUACAACAAAAACAAUCAACUCAUAUUAAUACUAAUUGUCAAUGUAUGAAUUUACUUCAAUCGAAUCAACAUAAACCUAUGAAAAUUAAUUCUUCUUCUCAAGAUGAUAUUCUUGAUGAUAACAAUGAAGAAAUGUAUUGUACUUCAAUGACAAAUUAUCAUAAAUCAUUCAUUGAUUUUGCGCCUAUAUCUUUUAUUUAUUCAGAUAUAUUAGAUGAACAAAUGACAUCAUUAUGUCAAACAUUAUCUAUUAUGAAUAGUCAUAAUGAUAAUUGUGAAAAUAUUAUAUUUCCAUUGUAUUUAGGUUUUUCAUCAUAUUCAUUUGCACCAAAAAUAAUGUCUACAUCAAAUCUUCUAAAUGAUGUAAACGAUUGUAACAAUAAUAAUAAUACUACUACUACUAAUACUAAUAAUAAUGAUAAUAACUAUUCAUCAUAUCAAAUUCCGGAAAAUUUCAAUUUGUCAGAUUUUAUUAAAACUAAUUUUGUUUUUCAUAGUAAUAAAGAAUCAUUACAGAUUAUUGUAAGAUUUCCAUUUUUAGUACAAUUAGAAUGUGUACAGUUGUCAGUGAUGAAUCCAUUUCAAUCAGCCAGUCAUGUAACUAUUGAGGUGGAACUAUAUCGCGAUUUACCUGGUGGUUCUCGACGAACAUUUAUCAGUGCACAUAAAAGUAACGAGUCAUCAUUGUCAAAACUUCAUACGAUCACUUUUCCACCACGGUUGGUAUCACAUGUUUUAAUAAGACUGUAUCAUGCUCAGAAUUACAAUAAAACUCUUCGUGUGAACACUUUACGCUUAUUAGGAAGACACGCAAAUGAUAAUAGGCUGUUGUUCACAGAAACUUGUGAAAAUAGCUGCACAAAUGCAAAUAAUUUAGCUGUUGAGAAUUCGUUAAAUAAAAUCAGACCAAUUGUUUUAUUACAUCUGUUACAUAAUGAAAUGCUUUCACAAUUAUUACCAAAUAUAUUCUAUUCAUAUCAAUUUAUCAAUUCAUUAUUACACUGUUUACAUAUUGUUAGUUCAGAUAAAAAAUUAUCAAUGUGUACACGUCAAUUAAUACAAAUGGUUGCAUGUCAUAAUCAAAUUUUUGAAAUGAUCAGUCAUAUAUAUAAUUUUACCAGUGAUUGUUCAUCUGAUAAUGAAAAUAAGAUAUUACAAAAUGAAUGGUUUUAUUCACCUAUCGGUUAUAUUAAUGAAGCUGAUAUGUUUUGGAAAUUAUGUCCUUCAUCAGCUGUAUUGUGUGAACGUAUUUUACUUGGAUUAUUGGUUAAUACAUAUAAUGGUAGUAGAAAUAGUCUUGCUAAUUAUAUAUUAACCAAAUUACUAAAUGGUAAUAACGACGAUGACUUAACAAUAAACUGUGAAGAUGUAUCAUUCACAAGUGUGUCGAAAUCAAAUCAGGAUAUAGAUAAUGAAUUCAAUUCAUCUUAUUGGUAUGGUCCAUUAGCUUCACUAACAUCUACACCAAAUCAACGUUUAUUUGCAUGGUUAUGUUUACAUCAAGAUGCUGGACAAUCUACACGUAUUGAACGAAUCAUUAAUUGGUUAAGUCACUUCAAUGAAUCUAUGAUAAAACAAGAUAUUCUUUCUCAUAAUCGUCAAUUAUUGAAUCAUUGGUCUCAAUUAAUAUUGAUUUUUUCAAGUGUUUUAUGGAGUUUAAGUAGUGUUACUACCACUACUACUACUACUACAGCAAUAGAAAUGAAUCAAUGUUCAAAUUUAUGGCAAAAAUAUGUGACAAUUGAUUUUAUUAGUUCUAUUUAUGAUUUAUACAUCUCAAUUAUAAAACAUUAUCAAAUUGACCUAUCUAUGGAUGAUAUUGAUGAUGAUAAUCCUAAGAACUUAAUCGCUGAAAUUAAACAAUUUACCAAAGUACUAAUCAAUUUAAUAUGCUCUUUGUGUACAAUCCAACCAAAUGUCAUCUCUAUACUUUUAUCAAAACUUCUAAUAAUUCCUACAACACAUUCAUUAUUUAAUCAAUAUGAUAAAUUGUUAUUCAAUAGUCAAUUGAAAGUAUUCAGUUCAAUUCUAUCAUCAGAUCAUAUUGUUUAUUCUAUUUUCUCAAUUAAUAAAUCGAUAAAUACAACAGAUCCAUUUAUAUCAGAUAACUUCUUUUAUAAUUGUUGUACAUGGUUAUCAGAUUAUUUCUCAAUCAUGAAUAAUUCUGAAUCUUCUUCUUUAUAUUCUUCCACUAGAUCAAUUCUUACCAUUGAUUCAGCUCUUAGAUAUUUAUAUAUAUUAAAUUAUUUCAUGCAAUCAAAUCAAUCUACAAUAUUACGAAUUAUUCUUGGACAAUUAAUCUGUGAACAUUUAUUUCCAAGUGUAUUUUCUUAUUUUACUAUGAUAUUAUCAUCAUCUUUAUAUCAAUCUAUAUCAUUGAAUAAUUUGUAUAAUAAUCAUUUUGGUUCAAGUGUUUAUGAGAUUCAUCAACUUCAACAAGCUAUUAUUACUUUGUAUCAAACAGUUAAAUUAUCAAUGCCAUUUUCAAAAUCAUCUAAACAAUUUAAUUCAUGUCAGUUGAAUUUAGAAAGUUCAAAGUUGAAAAUGAAUUGUUUAACUGAUCGUUUGAUUGAAACAUUUAAAGAAUCAUUUAUGAAGCAAAAUUUCAAACUAUCCAAUUUUAUAUCUGAACUAUUAUUGGCACAACCUUUAUCAUUAACACCUAUACCAUUUAAACAAACAAUUGCAGUAUUCGCAGUCACUUCAAAUCAUCCACACGCAUCGACUGAUUUGCCAUGGCCUGUAACUGGUCCACCAGUUGAAUUCAAUAUUCAGUCAUCUGAACUCCCUAAGUCUGGAUUAGUUACAUUUUUAUGCCGAGAAAUCCAUCAGUCUGUUUCAAAUAAUAACUUAGACUAUUCCAUUCAUCCUAGUCUUUCAACAGCUUUAUUAUUGGUCAAUAUUUAUCAUCCACCAGAAUACACUGGGACUAAUCAUUAUGAAUUUGAAAGAAGAAUUUUAGUGAAACAUUUAAGAUUAAUAAUUUAUCAUUUAUUGCAUCCGUUCACAAUGAAUCGCACUAGUAGUACUACUAAUAAUAGUAGUAUCAACAGAAAUGUAUCAAGUUCAACUGAAAUAAAUACAAUGAAUGAUUUUGAAUUAUGUCUUAUUCAACAUACACCAAAUAUUGGUCAUAUUAUAUCACCUAUUGAUUGGGAUAAUGGUAUAUUUUUACCAGAAGGUUAUACAGAUAAUUGGACUAUGGAACAAUUGAAUAAAUUCACUGAUGAUCAUCCACUUGUGAUUAAUCAGUCUCGUCUACUUUGUUUAUUAAUUCGACCAUGUGAACAUGCUAAAUUUGUAUUUCAUUCACCAAAAGCAACUAAUUCCACACCUUCUUGUUAUUAUUUAUUAAAAACAUUUCAAUCAUCAUUUAUAUGUGAAUUUUUAAAAUCUGGUCUAUUACAUUUUAUAGCGAAUUCUAUUGUUCAUUGGCGAAAUUCUAUUUUAUCAUCAUUAGAAACUCCUCCUCCUCCUCCUCCUCCUCCUCCUCCUCCUACUACUACUACUACUACUACUACUACUAAUAAUAAUAAUAAUAAUAAUAAUAAUAAUAAUAAUAAUAAUAAUAAUAAUAAUUGGAAUCAAUCUGUAAGACAAUUUCAUUCUUAUAUUACUUUCUAUUUUAAUAAAUUUUCAAUAAAUAUUCCCAAUAAAUUCUAUAAUUAUAAAUUGGAUCACUUAAUAAUUAAUAAUUAUCAAUCCAUUCCAGUAAAUAAUAAUAAUAUUGAAACAAUGAACAUGAUUCUGCCAAUACAUUGUAUCAUUACUUAUAUAUUAUUAUUAAGAAUAACAGAUUAUGAUUAUAAUUUAUUAAACUUAAUUCAAUCAUCAAUGAAAAUUAUGGAAUUGAUAAUUAAAUAUCAGUUAAAUUUAGUUUAUCUACCAAGUUAUUUAAUUCAAUUAGCUAAUAAAUAUUCUAAUUUAUCAUUAUGGGCAAAUGAUAAUCAAAAUUAUGAUAUAAAUAAUUAUCCUACUUAUAAUUUACAAAGUAGUAAUUUAAUUCAUUCAAAUAUUUUACCAUUCCAAUGUUUAUGUUAUUUAUACGAUAAUAAUAAUGAUAAUCGUAAUGUUCGUGGUAAUGGUCAUCAAUCUCUAUGGGAACUACGUUGGAUACAUUUAAAUUCUGGUGUAUUACAGCUUAUUUUAAGUUUCAUGUAUGUUUUAUCUCAUGGUUCAUGUGUAAAUUUACCGCAAAGAUUUGAUGUGAAUGAAGUGAAAACAUUUAUUCAUUCAAUUCAGUUAGAUUGUAAUAAUAAUAUUGAUGAAGAUGAUUCAUUAUCGCUAACUAUUCAAUCAAUCAAUGAACUUUAUAUACAUUUUAUUAAACCAGCUUGUAUAGAUUUUGAACGUGAAUUAUUUCCUUCAGUCACAGUAUCUAAUCAAGAUAAUAAUAAAAAGUGUAAACAAAACACAAAUUAUCAAUCAUCUCAAAUUAAUUUCAAUGCAAUACCUUCAUCAUCUGGAUUAAUAUCUGAUAAAAUAAAUUCUAAUUUAUGGGCAAAAGGUACAGGUUUUGCUACAACUCCUACAAUAAAUGAAGCAUCAAUUAUAAAUGAUCAUUCAAAUAAUAAUAAUCAUAAUUUUCAAUCUAAAUGGAUCCGAUCAAAAAUUCAACGUGAAGAUCAAUAUGCAAUUAUAUUAUGUAAUACAUUGAGUGGAUUUUUUUCUACAUUUAUGCAAAAUUUAAUUAAUACUGAUCAAUUAUUCGAAUUAAUUAUUAUUUAUUUUAUUCACAAAUUUAAUUUAAUUAAAUUUAUCAUUAAUUAUUUACGUAAUGAUUCUAUCACAGAAAUAAUUAAUCGUCAUUCAUUAUAUCAAUCAAUAUUUCAAUUAAUUCGUAUAAUUAUUUUAUGUCCUCGAUUACAUUGGUUAUUAACAAUGAUUCAAAGUGAUUUAAACAAUCAUAAUCUUGUUCAUUAUAGUGAUAAUUUAUAUCAAUGUUUCAUUUUACAAUCAUUUCAUUCAUUUCAAUUCUAUUGGCAAAAUAUUAAUUUGAAUGAUAAUAAUUAUGUUGAUGAUGAUGAUGGUAACGAUGACAGUUUAGUGGAGAAUUUAAAUUCAUCAUGUAUUAUUGUCUUAGUGAGACAUAUAAUAUUCUACUUGUCAAAAUAUAAAGAACAAUUAAACAAAUUGGGAUUGAUAAUUGAGUCGUCUGAAUCGGAGCAACCGUCAAAACAAAUUACCUCUAAGUCCAACAUUGAAUUACACUCAACUAGUCCUACUAAUACACAUAUUAGUAGUGGUGGUCUUAUUCGCCGUUCAUCAAUACGAUAUCGUAAUUUUCAUAAACAGCACAUUAAUGAAAAUUUACUAAAAAAUAUACAUUUUAAAAGUCAAAACGUGUAUAAAUCAUCCCAAACAUUCAAGACUACUGAUAUUAAUAAUUCUCAUUGUACAACUUCUAAAACCUAUGGUUUAUUACAACUGAAAUCUGGUUUCUAUGAUCAUUUCGAUGUUAGUGACAGUAAUACUAAUCAAAUGAGUAGUGAAGACAGAGGUCAACUUUAUACGUUAAUAGGAAGUAAUGUUGAGAUCAACUGUGGUGAUGACGAUGAUAAUCUUAACACUGCUUCUGAAAAUGUUCAUGAUAUUCAUUCCGAGGUAGAAAGAGAACAGGACGAAAACGGAAAUAUUCAUUGUGAGGUUAUUAAAGAUUUAACUGAAAAUGCUAAUCAUUCUCAAUCGAUUAGUAAAGAGAAUAAUCUUGUAAAUGGUGAAUUUCAUAGUCAUUUUCAAAAUGAUAUAUUGGAUGAUAAUGCUGAAAGUACUAACCAUCAAUUCAACAGUGAUAGAAGUUCAACAUAUGUAAAUCAAGAGAUUUUCAUCAUUUUUAAUGAACUAGAAACCACAUAUAAACUGCUUAAAUUAAUUUUGAAAUAUCAACAAUGCUCUGGAAAUAAAUCAUUGAUAAUGAUGAAUAAAUGUCAUCAUAAUGAGGAAGAUAAAUUUACUAAUAAUGAUUGCAAAACUACUUUACAUGAAAUACGAUCAACUGAAUAUGGUAACAGCAGUGAUAGGAAUGGUACACUACAGAUUCAAACUUCAUCAAUUAAUUCAAAAAUGCUUUCAACCAAUAAUGCUUAUUGUACAGCUUUAAAAUCUCUACACUUUCGUACGAUCAAAUUUUUUUCACCUUCCGUGAAUAAUACUGUUUCUUCAAUAGUCCCACAUGGAUAUGCGAAUUUAUGUGCCCAACACGAAGGUUUCAUCUUAAUUAAUAGUUUUAAUACAAAAAAAUUAUUCAUUUAUUCCGCGUCCACCUCUACCUCUGGACUAAAUCCUGAUCAAUCUCAUAAACUGUCAACGGUUACUUCUACCACUACUAGUUCUCAAUUGAAAAUAACCCCAAAAAAUCGAUCAUUUCAUCGGUUGCAACGUCUCGCUCAAGAAAUUGUAACAUUGAAUACUAGUUUACCAUUGUCCGAAAAUGCUAGUGUGUUUAUUUGCUGUGAAGAAAAUCAUUUGUGUUUGUUAAAGGCACUAAUUACUGGACCUCCUGAUACUCCAUAUGCAAAUGGAUGUUUUGAAUUUGACAUAUACACACCACCAGAUUAUCCAAAUCAACCGCCUUUAGUUGAAUUUUGUACAACAGCGAAAAACACAUUCCGUUUUAAUCCAAACCUGUAUGAAGAUGGCAAAGUAUGCUUGUCAGUGCUGAAUACAUGGCAUGGAUCAAGCGAAGAACGAUGGAACCCUCAAACAUCAAGUUUAUUACAAGUAAUUAAAUCUUUUCCAUACAUGUAUAUUUAUGUAUUUACUCUUUUAAAUAAUAUUUCUUGUAGUUGCAUUGGAUAUGAGUCAUAUUCUGAUUAAUGACGUAAACACACUCCUGUAAAAUAGAUGGAAUGUGGUCAACAAUGGAAUUCAGGACGCGCGUUUUAUUUAUACCUACAUCCCAGAGUUGAUAUUUACUCCGGGACCCUGGUAUUCAGUCACAUCUAGCUGACAAGUCCUAAGUAGGACGAAACGCGCGAGCUGGAUUCCACUGGCACCCACCAUUCGUCACUACUUAUAAAUGCUUAUGAAAUAAUAGUGAUAUUAAGGGAAUCCACACAGGAUACAUAGAUGCUAACAAAGCAGACUAAUAAAGUGCAGUCUUAAAUAUCAAUGAGAAUCUUCAAACAAUCAAUAAAAAUGAAUUAAAUUCCACUGGUUAUUAUUUAUUUUUCAAUUUUUAAGACUUCUAGAUGUACCCUCAAUUUCCUGUUGUCAAUCGGGAUUACUGUUGAAACUGUCACUAAAUUAGUUCAUUUAAUGUAGAGUACUUCUUUUUAAUAAGUCAUUUCAUUAUCUGAUAUUAUAUAACAUCGUACAAUUAAUGUAUAAUUAGCAUCGUUGUCUAGAAAAUUGUUCUAAUCUUGGAGACAUUUAUAUCUUUCUAUCAAAGAUCAUUCGUUUACCUCUAUAUCAUAUUUAUUGUUGAGUGUUGUUGACGAACUACGUUAUGCUUUUAUUUUCAGUUCUCAAUUUAAUAAAUAUAUAUCCAUCAUAAUUUCAUUAUUACACUAUAGUAUUAGAAGAAUGCACCAUAUUUAAAAUGGAAAAAUUGAAAGAAACCGCUUGUAACAUGACCAGCACUUGGUUAUACUCUGGAUUUUAUCUAAUAACGUUUUAAAGCUUCUCAAACAAUCACAUUAUUUGAUUAUUCCCAAACUAAAAUUUAUGAUAACCUGAUGUUUACCAGUUUUAUACAACAUUUCAACUGACCUUCAGUCACACCUCAGUUACCUACCAUAUCUAAAUAACCUGAACGGUAAAUUGAUGUAAGUCAUCCUAAUCUUAGUGGGGUUGAAAAGGCUACAAUCACUCUAAAAUGAAGAAGGGCAACAGGGCCUGAUGGACUAACCCCUGAAAUUUGUAACAAUGGUGGUUCAGUUUUAGCAGUUAGGUUAACAAAAUUUUAGCUAACAUCUAGGAACCGGACAUAUUCCCAACUGAUUGGUCUCAAUCUCUGAUCAUCACAGUUUAUAAGAGAGGAUGAAAAUCCUCUUGUGACAAUCACAGAGGAAUCAGUUUAACCAAUAUUGUAUCUAAAAUAUUAACCUGAAUAAUACUUAAAUGAGUUCAUGAAGAGCAAACCUGAGAAAACCAGGCUGGUUUCAGACGUGAACAUGGAUUUAUAGAUCAACUAUCCACCCUUCGGCGGACUCUAGAACGUUUAAAUACUUUUCGACGUCCGACUACAGUUGUGUUCUUUGACCUUAAGGCGGCAUUCGACUCUGUUGGUUGUGAGUUUCUGCGCCAGUUUCUCAUUGAAAAGCGUCCGAAAGAAGUACAUUAACCUUAUGCAGGUUCUGUACUCAAAUACUAUCGGUUGAGUCAGAGCUUAUAGAAAACUGUCAUCGGAACUGGUUACUUCAAUUAGUGUCCGUCAGGGUUGUCCGUUUUACUCACUUUUAUUUAAUUUUUUUUGUAGGGAUGCUUGUAGAGAUAAAACUUUUAUCAUCGUUUGACUUUUCAGAUGUGGAUCUUCUACCAGGAGAUUCACUCGUUAACUUAGAAUAAGCAGUAGACAUACCUCUAUUUGGUGAAGACGCUGACAGAAUCCCUAGUCUCCUGACCACUUUAAGUAAUAACGGAAGCAUGUUUGUGAUGGGGUUCUCUUCCUCCAAGUGUAAAAUGCUACUUGAGGAUUAAUCUGGGAUAUAACCUUUCACCUUGAUUGAUUUUAAACUAUUGAUUUAGAUUUAUUUGGUAUGACUACUGUAAAUUUCGUUCUCAUUAUAUUCCAUUAUUUGACUAUUACAAUUACUAUUAUCAGGUAUUAGUAUCAAUUCAAUCGUUAAUUUUCGUACGUGAACCUUAUUUUAAUGAACCGGGUUUCGAGUGUACCAUGGGAACGCCUAAAGGCAUAAUUGUCAGUUAUAAAUAUAAUGCUCGUAUUCGUGUUGCAACUGUUCGUUGGGCUAUGAUUAAUCAAUUAAAGCAUUUACCACUUGGUUUUGAAGAGGUGAGUAGAGUCUUAUCAUUUUUUGUUUAAUCCUAUGUAUUAAGAUUUCUAAAAGAACUAAAAAUUCGAUGGUUGUAUGUGGUUGAAUAGUUGAUGCACAGAUCCAGCUUAAAUUUUAUUAGUUGUUUUUCGUCACAAACUCGAUUGAAAUCCACGCGAUUGUCGAAAACUAUGAACUGAGAAUAUUCAGCGAUGUGACUUACAAUCUAUGUGAUGAUGCAGAUAUAUUCACUUACUGUCUUCUCUAAGAUGUUGAGUUUUCAAAUUAAUUCCUUCUUUCUUGAAUCUUAUCGUAUAGUCGUAAAUCUUUUCUGCUACCAACAAUUCUGUAAUUAUUUGUUAUAAUACCUCUUAUCUGGCACCUUAGUCUGAUGGCUCGUAAAAAUACACCAACCGCAACCUGGAUUUUUUCAUCACUAAUAUACCAAUCCGCUUACAAGAAAGCUACUUUACUUGGCCAAUGAAAUGCCCAGGCUAGUGUGGUUAAUCUUGAGGAUUGACAAGAUAAUUUAACACCUGUUGGUCCGCCGAUCUCCAUACCUUCUUCUAUCCUCAGUCUUGAGUUCCAACAAGAGAACGUAGCUGGGAAUCUUCCAUUAUUAUAAUCCAAGCACACAUGUGUUCAUAUACAUGUUUACUGAACCACAUCAUACCAU